CUUGGAGUUCAAAGGUCUUGAACGAUUCGACCCCAUCAUCAGUGGCGGGAAAAUGGCGGCUGAAGAAGUGAGACCAAAGUCACAGAACCUACCUUGGGUAGAGAAGUACAGACCCAAACAUUUAGACGACCUGAUAUCACACAAGGAGAUAAUCACAACCAUUCAACGUUUCAUGACAGAGGAUCGUCUUCCUCAUCUCUUGUUCUAUGGACCUCCCGGCACUGGCAAGACAAGCACAAUCCUGGCAUGUGCCAAAAUGCUCUACAAGCCAAAGGAAUUCAAUUCUAUGGUGCUUGAACUGAACGCUUCUGACGACCGAGGAAUCGGAAUUGUGCGAGGUCAGAUAUUGAGUUUUGCUUCUACUCGGACCAUUUUCAGAUCUGGUUUCAAGAUGAUAAUAUUGGAUGAAGCUGAUGCUAUGACAAAUGACGCACAGAAUGCACUCAGAAGAGUGAUUGAGAAAUACACAGAAAAUGUUCGUUUCUGCCUCAUCUGUAACUACCUAUCCAAGAUCAUCCCUGCGUUGCAGUCGCGUUGCACUCGGUUCCGCUUCGGUCCUCUCAGCAGCGAACAGAUGAUGUUACGACUGGAGUACGUCAUUCAACAAGAAGCACUCAAGGUGUCUGCUGAUGGGAUGGAUAGUCUAGUGCGUCUCUCUCAAGGGGACAUGAGGAGGUCUCUCAAUAUCCUCCAGAGCACCUCCAUGUCACAUGACGAGGUCAACGAGGCCACCGUGUACUCAGUCACGGGGCAACCCCUACCCAACGACAUUGCUAAAAUCGUAGAGUGGAUGUUGAAUGAAAAUUUCACCACAGCUUAUGAAAAUGUGCUGAAGCUGAAGACACUGAAAGGUCUUGCCUUAGUUGACAUUCUGCAACUUGUGCACACCUAUGUACAGAGAAUUGAUUUCCCUCCGAUUGUGAAGAUGACUUUGCUGGAGAAAAUGGCAGACCUUGAGUACAACCUAUCGGUGGGUGCAGCAGAGAAGAUACAGCUGGGAGGUCUAUUAGGGGCGUUUCAGAUCACUAGGGACAUUGUUACUGAACAAAACACUAGUUAGCCUAGCCAUAGAGCUUGUUCUUCGCGCUACUAGUAACGUUUCAUUUCUGUUAUCUUGCAAAUCACUUAAUUGUUACUUUGUCCAAUGCUAGUACACUCUGCUCUGUUAUAUACUAUAAAA